ACCAAACAUUGCAACAUGAAUUUCUUUCAGUUUGUAGUUGUCGGUAGUUUGGCUGUAGCAUGCUCGGCACAUUUGUGUUUAUUAAGCCCUCCUCAGCGAGGUACAAUGAUGGGUAUUAACAAAGCAGGUGCUAAUGAUUGCGGUUUAACUACUUCACCGUGUGGAGGUCGAAUGGCGGGAAUGAACCCAACCUACUACAAAACUGGAGAAAAUGUUACAGUUGUCAUUCAGAAGAAUCUUGAUCAUUAUUCAAAACCUACUCCUGGAAAUUUUAAAGUCAACCUUAUGAUGGACAAUGCCUCCACAGCAACAGCUACUGCAACUAUAAUGGAUAUGGGUGAACCAUCUUUGUCUUUGUAUUCUACUUCCAUGAUGAUUCCAAACACAGCAACGAAAGGAAAAUACAUGAUCCAAGUAGUGUACAACACGAUGAAUCCAGAUACAGGGGUUCCACCACAGUUUUACCAGUGUACAGAUGUAAUGCUCCAUUAAAUUUCUUUUCUUGGACAAUACAGGACUAUUGGUUUUAAGGGGUAACGAGGGAAAUAGAUAUGUAGUAAAAUUUAAUAAAAACACCAAACAGUCA